UGGCGGCUUCAAACACAUCCACUCCUGCAGCGCAAAGUCUUUGGAGUUUGCCAAGUCUUGCGCAGCGGGAACAUGAACUGGUUGUUCAGUCCGAUCAUCCGACUGAAAGAAGCGGAAUCGCUGAUUAUUGAAGUCACAUACACAAUGCGGCGGUGCGCGGAACAUCCGGAUCCAGAAGCCUUGAAAUUUUGUCAGGAAUCGCUCAGCCUCUUGGUUUUUCAUUCGGACAGCCUUAUUUCGGAAAACUUAUUUUUAAACGAAAGUCAGAUAUAUUUCCGACCGAUAGCCAAUCUAACUCUCAAUGAUGCGAGCAUGAACGCAUCAGUAGAACUGUCAAGAAAACCGACCUCGACAUCUCCACAACCCAUCAGCGAAGAACGCGUCGCGCACUACGUGAAUCGCAUGAAGGUGCAAGCUUCAAAAAUGGCUGUGGCCAUUCUGGAUACGGGUACUUGCUCAACGCUACGAAGGGUACAUCUGAGCUUUCUGGCUUGCGCAAUGUUUCAAAAAAAUUUCGUUGUCUUCCCUCGAACAAUAACUAGCGAUGGAAGUCAGUCCACAAACGUACAAGGCCAAUGCAUCCCCGGGGCUGCACCAUUGUCAGAUCAAACAGUGCCCAACCUGCUUUGUCUUCCAAACGGCCGGUGGUAUGCAAAAUCUACAGACUUAACGAGCUCCCACGUUUCUUUAGCACACAAUUUUCAAGCUUUCUGGGAGUGGGAGGACAUUUGUACAUGUAGUCCUGGUUACGGUUUGGCAGUGGAUUCGGAAUCCAGAGAACUGCGCUGUCUUGCUCUCCCCUCGGCUCCAGUCUCAUUGGAAGCCAAUAUAUCAGAUCCGGUCAGAAUAAAACUCUACUGGCAAGCACCGUCCGACACGGGUGGACGAGAAAACCUCUGGUUUGUGAUAAAGUGCCUUGACCAAUACAACCAAAGUUGUACAAACCAGCCGACCUACGUUCAGCCGCACGCAACCCGUUCUAACAGGUUUCUAUCG